AUGAGAAAUAUUCUGAGCCAACCGUUCAAAGUAAGCCAUCAGAGAGUUAACAUUGAUGUAGAUAUGCUGCGGAAUCGUAUUGAUGGUUUCACGGAAUUAACUCUAGUUCCAUUUACCAACACUUUAAAAGUAGUGAGAUUAGAUUGUAGAGAAAUGAAGAUCACCAGAGUCACCAUCAACAACAUGAAGCCAUGCAAUUACAUACAUAACGACAUUUUGUACAUCAAUGAUGGCAAGUACUUCGACGAAGAAAUCGUACUGGCCUAUGAUGUCAACUUGUUUGACUUGUAUUCAGAUGAAGUGUCUAUUCAUCAACAUCAUAUGAUCAAGCACAAGCUAGGGUAUAUCUUUGGGGAGAGCAAUUACGAUCCCAGAGAUCCCCAUGCCGAUGUAUUCUCAACUAUUGUCAAUACUGAGGAGCUUUCAGUGAUGCUUCCUGAUAAUUUGCGACUUGAAUUGACGGACAUCAACUCGAUCCAUACUCCUGGGAGCCAACCGGGAACACUUACUCCUUUGCAUUUGAAACUGAAAGCCACAAACAGCGACAUUUAUACACCUAUACAGCUUCGGAUCGAGUACGAGCUUGUGAAUCCCAAGAAUGGAGUCAACUUUGUCUCUGAUAGUAUAGAGAAGCGUAACUGGCACUCGUACACAACUAAUAACACGUACAAUCUUUCGACUUCGUCAUGGGUUCCUUGCAUAGACAAUUUAUGGGACAGAAGUACGUGGUCUCUUGAAGUAAUCAUCCCCAGAACAGUGCGAGAUAUAGGGAAUCCUCGUAUCAUAGGCUCAGAAGAAGCUAUGCGAGGGUCGCGCAACCAGAAGAAGAAACGUAGACUAAAUAGAAACGAUGAUUCAGACAUCGAGGACGAUGAAGACAACGAAGAUGAUGAUAACGAAAACCAUGAUCUAGUGGUUUGCUCAGGAGAUUUCAACAAUGUUAAGGAAACACCGCAUUCGAUCGAUUUGUCAAAGAAAGUAGUCUCAUGGUCCAUCUUUAAUCCUGUUUGUGCACAUCAUGUAGGCUGGGCUCUCGGAUGUUUUGAGAACUUUGUCAUUUCCGAGUCGACAGAGUCAAGAGAAGUAGACGACGAGAUCAAAGAGAACUUUGAAGAUAUAGACAAGGAUGGAACCAGUUCUCCUAUAACCAUUUACUGCCUUCCCGGUCAGAUUGAACAGGCUAGAAACACUUGUAUUUUCACUAUGAGAGCUAUGGACUUUUUUCUGAAGGAAUUUGGUUCUUUCCCGUUUAGUUCCUACGGAAUAGUUUUUGUUCAGGACAGUGUAGUCGACACCAACAACUUUGCUGGUUUAUCGAUAUUUUCAGAUUCCAUUUUGUAUCCUUCUGAUAUCAUAGAGCCCAUGUUUACCAGCACGGAGGUGAUUCUUGAAGCCAUUUCCAGUCAGUGGUCGGGAAUCAGCAUCACUCCUCAAACAGUUAACGACAUCUGGUGCACCAUAGGUAUAGCAAAGUUCAUGGUCUUUCAGUACUUGAAGGAUUUGAUGGGAACCAACGAAUACAGAUUCAAGAUCAAGAAGAUGAUGAAUAGAAUUGUUGAAGAAGAUAGAGGAAAGAAACCAUUGGGAUACCAUUAUUUCAGAUUUCCUGUCUCUGACUCAGAUUUAGACUUCAUCAAGUUAAAGGCUCCGAUUGUGUUGUUCAUUUUGGAUAAGCGUAUGACCAAGACCGACAAAUCAUUUGGUUUAUCAAGAGUGUUGCCCAAGUUGUUUCUUCAGGCGAUGUCUGGAGAUCUUCAGAACGGUACCCUUUCUACGCAGCAUUUUCAGUAUGUUUGUGAGAAAGUCAAUAGAAACAAACUAGAAAACUUCUUUAAGCAAUGGGUCUAUGGAGUCGGAGCUCCAAUUUUUAAUAUCACGCAAAGAUUUAACAAGAAGCGUGGAGUAAUCGAAAUGAGCAUUCGUCAAAUUCAACAUCAAGUUACUAGGAAAAGUGGAACAAACGCUGAAUCGUUUAUAAACGAUUCCAUAGCAUAUUUGGAAGACGAGCCUACUUUUCCAGUUCAGUCUAUUUUCACUGGACCUAUGACUAUCAGAGUGCAUGAAGCUGAUGGGACUCCUUAUGAGCAUAUAGUAGAUUUAAAAGAGGGAAACACAAAGCUUGAUGUUCAAUACAAUUCAAAAUUUAGACGUAUGAAGAAGAAUCGUGAUGAAACAAGUGAAAAUGCAGUGACUUUCAGCAGACUUGGAGAUGUUUUAGAAUCAGAAAAGGAGAUGGAAGAAUGGAACUUGGCUGACUGGGCAAAAGUGGAUGAUGAUCCUAUGAAUAUAGAAGCGUUUGAGUGGAUCAGAGUGGAUGUAGAUUUCGAGUGGAUUGCGAGAUUUGAUGUCAAACAACCUGACUACAUGUUUGGUUCACAAUUACAACAUGACAGAGACGUUGAAGCCCAAUUUGACGCCGUCCGCUACUUGGGAAACAUAGAAAAACCUUCUACGAUCCACUGCACUGCACUAACUCGUACGGUAGUUGAUGAAAGGUAUUACUAUGGGGUAAGGAUUGCUGCUGCUGAGGCAUUGGCAAACUUCUCCAAUUCUGUGACAAACUUCAUUGGUGUUCCUUACUUGGUCAAAAUUUAUAGAGAGCUCUACUGUUUUCCAGGCAGUUCCAUUCCUUUGAGUAAUGAUUUCAACGACUUUGGUAGAUUCUUUUUACAGAAAGAAAUCCCUAAGCAAUUGUGUAAAAUUAGAGAUAGUGAUGAUGAGGUUCCCGUUGUCAUCAGAAAUUUGAUACUCAAUUUGAUCAAAUUCAAUGACAAUACCAACAACAAUUUCCAGGACAGUUUCUACAUAUCAGAAUUGGUUCAAUCAUUGACAACUUGUGCUGUUAAUUCCAGUUUUCCCAAUUCGCCGAAGGAUAUAUUUCCAAAGUCGCAUCCUCACGGGAGCCUGGAGAAGAAGAAGUUUGUUGCCAAUGUGAUUACUGAAAUCAAUAGACUUCAGAAGUUAGACGAAUGGAUACCUUCGUAUCAUAAUGUAGUUUCGGUGACUUGUUUGACUCAGAAAAUUCGUUUGGCAUUACAUGGGCAUUUAGAUCUUUCGUUCGAAGACUUGUUAUACUUCACUGUUGAAAAGUUUCCAAUUCAGAUAAGAGUGGAAGCUUUCCGUGGUCUUUUUGUGCUUGGUGGUUUGAAGAAUAGACAUAUCUUGAACUAUUUCUUGAAGGCAUGCCUCUUGGAUGUUCGAUCAGCUGCUUACAGAGAGCUACUCAUUUCGGCUCUAAUUGAUUCGAUAUGUGUCGCUGCUGUCAGUGGCACUCCUUCUACGUUAGACGAUCCCGAGUUCAAGCCAUUUGAAAAAUUAAGCGAAUCUAAAACUGGGGCCAGUACAGCAUUGGCCAAUAUGAUUAUUGUUGAAGAUGGAUCACACAAUGAGAUGGACGAAAAAAGAGAUGUGUUUGCGAGAGCCACUGUAAGUGGAGCUAUUGAUAUAUUGAGAAGAGAUUAUUCCAUUGGAAAAGGCUUAAAGCGUACUAUAUGGGAGCUACUUCAUACGUCCUUAUUGAGCAUCCGUGAGAAGCGUAACUUGUUUUUGAUUUGUCAGAUCUUGUACAAAGAGAUAGAUCUGUUCGUAGUUAAGAUUCCUAUUCCGAAUGUUCCUUUGAAUGAAUUGACGAAAAAGAUCGUUACGAAGAACUUGGGCAACGGAAAGGUUGUAUUUAAGAGACAGGGUAGAUUCAAGAUUCAGUUGGCAUCACAGAAACUUCUUAUUGAAAAGCCUAAGGCCAAGGAACCUAAAGUUUCUCACAAGAAGCCUGUCGACAGAACAGUGAACGAGGUAGCCCUUAAUCCUGAUGAGUCAAAGGAACCUAAAUUGAAGUUGAACCUUAGUAUCAAGCCAAGCGCUCCUCCGGCAGCUCCACCUCCAACGGAAUCUCCUACUAAGAAACAAAAGAAGCAAGCUCCAGCACCUAAAAAGCAUAUUCCGGUUGUAUCUAUUGGAACGCACAAUUCGAGAAAAUUCGAAUUGUCGUUCAAGUUCCAAGAUCACAGUUUGCCAGAGUUGAAGCCAGUGUCUGGAAUUUCAGUGAAGGUAGGUAGAAGUCAAGUGUCUGUAGACGGAGGCAAAGUAAAGUUCAACUUUAAGGGUGCUUUCAAAUCGAGGUUCAGAGAUUUGAUGGCCAAGCCACCUAAUGCACGGUAUGUUAAGAUUUUAACCAAAGAGAAGAAAGUUUUGAUAUCGUCUACGCCUUUUGAAGUUUCAAAGGAG